GUUGACACAACUCAUACAUUCUUCUCUCUUGGUGGUAAAAGUUGCCGGCCGUCCUCGCUGUCUUUACCAUCGGAUAGAAAGCCACAGAUAGAACCCAUCGCAGCCGCCAAAAUGGUCGAGAAGGUGUGGAUCACAUACAAUCAGGUGCACAAGCUGUGCCAAGAUGCAGCUCCGCGCAUCCUCAACGACUUCCAGCCGAAUCUCAUGAUCGCCAUUGGUGGUGGUGGCUAUGUGCCCGCACGCAUGCUCCGCUCCUUCCUCAAGCAAACCGGCGCCGCGAAUAUCCCCAUUCAAGCCAUUGGCUUGUCGCUGUACGAGCAGCUCGGUACGGACAGCCAGGUCGAGAAGCCAGGUACCAAAGUGACGCGGACACAAUGGCUCGACUUGACGAGUCUCGAGAUGGGCAACCUGAUUGGCAAGAACGUGCUCAUUGUGGAUGAGGUCGACGACACACGUACAACACUCGAGUAUGCUGUCAAAGAGCUACAGAAGGAUGUCGAUGCCGCUGCGAAGCAGGCGGGCAGAGAGGGAGAGACCACCAAGUUCUCCAUCUUUGUUCUGCACAACAAGGACAAGGUGAAGAAGGGUACGCUGCCCGGGGAGAUGAUCGCCAACAACAGAUACUUGGCGGCGAGGACGGUCCCAGACGUGUGGAUCUGCUAUCCUUGGGAGGCUACGGACAUUGACGAGCACGACCGCAUGGCCCAGCAGCAGACCAUCCAGUGAUGGUGUGAUACGACACGGACGAAUUGACGCAACCCCAAAAUUAGAUGGAGCGACUUAUGAUACACCAUACACUACGGACAGGCGAUACAAUGGGGUCAGUGGCUUCAGAAAAUGCUUGCCAGAGCCAUGCCACUCACUCACUCACUCAAAGCGAUCGAAGAAGGAGCAUAGUGGACCACGCCAAGGCCGCCUUGGAUAUCACAAAGACACCGUUCGAUACACAAUGCCUUUGUGCACCAGAAACGCUCUCGCGGAGGAGACACCUCUUGGACAUGAACCCUCUACGCUUCUGAUAGAACCUUACUUUCGCCGAAAACGCUAUGAAAUGGUCUCAGCGACCCACAUAUGCAGAGUGCCUCAUUCCGCGCUACAAAGACUAUGUCACGUACAUCACAUUGUCGUCGUAGCAGAGCACGAUUCUUGAUCUGGUCUGAAGACGAUGGCC